AUGGUCGUCCCGACUGACCCCAAGCUGCGCUCCACGCUCGCCAACUUAGCAGGCGUAAACAUCAACCAGCGCGAAGUCGAGUACCGCAAAGCCCUCGACGACAUGAUCCCCGGCAUCUUCUGGGGCGCCAAACCCUCCAACAUUGAAGCAAUCCGCUUUCCCGAUCCCAUGAUUCCCCGCCGCUCCUACAAGCUCACCUUUGACGAGCCACCCAAGCCCGGCGUGCCCAAGCAGCUCUUCAUCGAUGUCAAGUUCGGCCCUAGCCCCUUAGACGCCGGUGUCUUCGUCAACGCGACCAACCCCAUCGGCAACGUUUCCACUUUCGACACGGGCGGCCGUUGCCAGGAGAUUGCUCGCACUUGGCUUCCGAAUCUGGUCCCUCGCGUCAUUCGCGUUGGCAUCAUGGGGAAGGAUGACGGCGACAUUGAUUACAUCGUCACGGAGCACAUCCCCAACACCGUCACCCUAGACAAGGUCUGGGCCUCCCUCACGCCCAAGACGAAGGGCCACAUCAUGGACCAGCUCGUCACCGCACUGGAAACCCUCCAGAAGGAACACGGAUUCUCCGAGGACGAUAUCGAACAAGCGCUCAAGGCCGUCGAGCUGUCCGGCAACAUCAACUACACCGCCACCACUAUCCUCAACCUCACCAAGACUCCCGAGCCGACCCCCUUGGCCCAACGCCCGGCCUGGCCUCCGCGGUCAACGACGUUGAAGCGCGUCCGCCUUCUUCUCCAGCGCUACGCCAACGAGUACCGCCCCGCCCAUCACCACUGUUCCGCCACCAGGUUUGAGGAGCAAGAAGACGGCAGCGUCUACGUCAAUUUCCCCGGUGCAGAUACCCCGAUGAGCCCCAUGAUCCUCACGUGCAAACUCAUCCACGAACUCAGCAAGGUCAUCGUCCUCUGCCACAUGGACCUCGAGCCUCGCAACAUCCUCGUCAAGCUCGUCGAGCAGCCCGCCGGUCUCAACGGCAAGCCCGAGAAGGAACUCCAGCUCGCUGGCAUCGUCUCCUGGCAUAAGGCCACCUUUGCCCCCUUCUCCAUGGAGCGAGGCCUCAAGGACGCGCUGCUCGGCUGCCAGUUCAACUACGACUUCUCGUGGUACAGGCUAUUUGCUGAUCGCACCAAGCACCUGAUGCCCGAUCGAUUCUUCGCCGCUCACGACUUUUUGGUCAAGGCCAUGGUGAACAUGCGUUUUGCUGCCCGGGCGAUGGAAUGCAGCCACUCGACGACAGUCCACCAGCAGCACUUCUAUGCCAUGGAAAAGAUUGGCUCGGGCCCAGACUACAUGAACGGAUGGGUAAGACUGCCUUACGCCAAGGACCACGAGUCGCCUUCAGAGUCGGAGUACCGGGAGAUGGGCAACGGCGUUAUUCGCCAGUCACUCGUUAAGCGCUUUCAGGAGAUUCCGAGACACAGCUGGCCUACUGACCUUGAGUUCCUCUUUGACCAUUGGAGUGCUUGA